AUGCAAAAGCUCGACGCUCUUUUGCAAGACGCCGUGCCCUCGGGCGAGGAUGCUACGGACAAAGUGUUGGGCGCGGCCUUUAUAGUGACUAAUAAAGAUGAGUUUUUGUAUUCUGGUGCUGCCGGACGCAUCGGACUUGAUGCAGCGUCGCCGGCCUUUACGGCCAAUUCCUUUACAUGGAUCGCCUCGAUGAGCAAAGUCGUCACGGCGACGUGCCUCUUGCAGCUCGUGGAGCGCGGCCUCAUCAACCUCGACGACGACGUACGUCCUCGAUUCGCCGAGAUGGAAAAGGUCCAGAUCCUGCGCGGCUUCCAGGACGACGGCACGCCGAUCCUCGAAGCCAACACGGAGCCUAUAACGCUCCGUAUGCUCCUCUCGCACACGUCCGGCUACUCGUACGACUUUUCCAACCCGCGGGCGCUGCAGUGGUCACAGCGCCCUGACCGUGUCAAGGGCCAGUUCCCCGCACGCAGCCGCGCCGCCAUGGACACGCCACUCGUGUACGCCCCAGGCGAGUACUGGAACUACGGCACGGGACCGGACUGGGCCGGCGAGCUGCUCGCGCUCGUCGUGGACCAGCCACUGGGCGCAUACAUGCAGACACACGUGUUCGCGCCGCUCGGCCUGCGCGACACGGGCUUCUACCCGUCGCGGCUGCCGCACGUCGGCACGGACCGCACCGUCGCCGACUUUGUGCGCCGCGGCGGCAAGCUCGUGUCAGAGGGAGCCGGGACGGCGCCGGUCGUCGAGGACUGGACCAUUGAGAGCGGCGGCGGUGGGCUCUUUUCCACGGCGCGCGACUUUGCCACAUUUUUGCAGGGACUGCUCGCGGGAAAGCUGCUGUCGGGCGAGUCGCUCGAUUUGCUGUGCGCGCACCAGCUCAGUCCCAAGCAGGUCAAGGGCAUCGAGGCCUUUACGUACGACAUGGGCGUGCACGGCAUCGUGGCGCCCGAGUUUCCGAAGCAUGCGCGCAUGCAGCAGGCGUUUGGCGGCAUGGUCAACGUGGACGACGUGCCGGGCAAGCGCCGCAAGGGAUCUAUUUCGUGGAGCGGCGCGUCAGGUCCGCGAUGGUGGCUUGAUCGCGAAACAGGUAUUGCUGGCGUCAUGAUGCUCAACGUCAUGGAGUACGAUCCGGCAAAUAACGAUGCGGGCGUACCGCCAUCGGGAUUGCUGUGGCAGAAGCUGGAGGCGGCCACAUAUGGCGAGCUUCCAAGGUAG